GGGGGGGGGGGGGGGGUUUAUUUCCUGACCAUCUGUAAAUAACAUUGACUUUUGACUUUUGACUUCUGAGCUUAGUGUUGGAUUAUUGUUUUCAAAGUUGUAUCUUUUAAUGACUUAUUUGAUAAGUAAUUUACGCACCACAGCACUGAGGUAGCUUUUCUUAAAGCCAAUUGGACUUGUCAAAAAAGGUCGAUGCCAAACUCGUGAAAUAUGAGACGGGAUCUUUCAAGCUAAACCUUACCUAGUCCUCAGACCCUGAAGUGGGUUUGCAUGUAAUUUAACAUGCACACACACACAUACCAGAGUGACAGCUGGGCCAGUCCGACACACACACUCUGCCUCUUCAGGUGUUUAUAGGUCAGAGAUAUGAAAACCAGAGCUUUAAGAUCUGCCAUUACUGUGUGUGUGUGUGUGUGUGUGUGUGCUGAAACGGACCCACCUGACCCUCUGCAUCAUUAGUGAACCGGUCCCGUGUUAUCAUCGUUCAUCACAGAUGCCUUUUGUUGCAUGAAAAUCCUUUAAAAAAAUCAAAAAACAAAAGUGUUGUUUGUCGUUGGUGAUAGUGAUAGUGUUGAUGAUGCUGUUGUACUUUUUACUUUGUGAAAGCCAAAGGUUAAUUUCAAAUAGCGUGCACAGAUAUUGAUUUUUACUUUGUGUUUCUGUUUUAAUACUUUUUUUGUUUUUAGGGAAACAUUUGUGUUUACACCUGUAUCUGAAAAUAUAGAUUGCAUAUAUAAAUACAUAUAUCAUUCAUCUCUCUCUGUGAGUUUGGCUUUUGAUAUAAGUGUGUGUUUAGCCUGAGUGUUUGUGCUUUUGUUGGACAGGUUUUUUUUAACAAGAUCCCUUUCAUUUUUCUAUCAAAGUACACCAAAAGCUUUGAUUUGAAAAUGAAACAAAACACACACUGCCAGAAGGUAUGAUUGCCUGUCACAUACAGUACUGUCCUAAACAAAGAGUGGGGUGCAGUGGGAGUUGUAUUGCAGCGACUGGAACUCUCUUGUUUGUGAACAGAUGAGCCUGUAAUGGUAGGGGGCUGAUUCAGGGAUUAUUAGAGCCCAGAGAGAGUGUGUGUGUGUGUGGGGUCCUAUACAACAGAGGGGGACAGUGCACAGCAAAGGUUAACAAGGCCUUUAAUCAAUCAGCCAAUGUUUGAAAGCGGGGAACAGUCUAGAAAAAGCAGGUAGUGAAUGGAGGCAGCUUGCAGUUCGUAUAGGAAGUUAUAAGUAGAGGAGCUAACUGUGCCAGGAAUACGGAGCAGACCUCAGCUGUUGCACUGGCACAGCCUGAUCAGAUUUGUCAGACCUCAACUCCCAUCUCCUCUCGUCGACUGCCCUCCUUGUUGCAUCUGCCUCGUUUUCCUCUCUGGAGCUAUGCAUCCCCAGCGUCCUCUUCCCCAGGCCAUGCCCUCUUCCUCUCUAGGGAAGCAUCUGCGGGACAUGGCCAUGGGUCUGGGAAGAGGCAAGAACUUCUUGGGAGGAAACAUUGCCUACGGUUUCAUCCAGUCUGUUAAGGAGUGCCUCUAUUUCCUCCUCUGCUGCUGGUGCAUCAAAGAGAUCCUGGACUGACUGACUGAGAGAGAGUAGAUCAAGUGGUUAAACAUUGAUUUUUCCCCUCUUUUCCGUUGGCUUCUAUAGUGUAAUUUCAACCGUCUUUUAUUUAAACGAGAAUGCAGUGUUUGAUCAGCGGUACUGGAAAAGCAUUGGCAAGUAUGAGUCUCGUCUCAUAUGACGACAAACUAGCACUGGAGCACUUAGGAAAUCUAUCUAAUUUAUAUAAUGCAAUUUAUGUUAAAUCAAAGCUCUUAAUUUAAAAAAAGCAGCAAUUUCAAUGAGGACUAGGUGUACCUAAUCUUACCUUUAUUUAACGUGUUGAAAUAUUGUUAUCUCUGUUUUUCAGUGUUUGUAGGAUGCUCUUCUUGGGUUCCAGGAAAACACGUGCACAUUUUCAGAAGCUACAAAUGUUCACUGAGAGACUGGGUCAGAGUUUCCUGAGUUCAACCCUGCUGAUCUGAGAUUCUGAGGAAUGGCAGUCCUGGUGUUCACUGUACAACAGUACAAACUGGUGUGCAAAUGAAUAAAGGAACUGAUGACUAG